AAGAAUCAAGAAUAGAACGUAGAGGCGUGAAGACUAAAUUGACUCAAGGCACGAAGCUGAUUUGUAUUGUAAUCGGGUUUGGCACGAUUGCAGGUGAAUUUCUACGAGCGUUCGAGAUGACAAGAAAGAACGUGAAAACGAAAUUGAUACCGCCGGACGGAGGAUGGGGCUGGGUCGUGCUCUUCUCAGCGCUGGUCGUUAAUUUUCUUAUCCCGGGCACAGUCAAGUCGUUCGGCGUACUCUUCGUCGAGUUUCUUCAUGUUUUCAAAGCCUCGUCGACCGCGGCCUCCUGGAUGCCGGCUUUAUGCUACUUCUUGUACAACUCUUUAGGUCCGCUGUCGAGUGUGCUGUCAACGAAAUAUUCUUAUAAAACAGUGACCAUCAUCGGUGGUGCGUUCGCAGCCGGUGGAAUGAUGUCCAGUUACUUCGCUAACUCCGUUUCCUAUUUAUACGUUAGUUAUGGAUUGAUGGUUGGAAUUGGAGCUGGUUUGACGUUUCCACCGACGGUUUAUAUCGUCACUUCGUACUUUAAGAGACUACGGGGUCUCGCAAACGGCCUGUGCAUUUCUGGCAGUGCGAUUGGGACCAUAGUACUGCCACCCUUUCUUCAAUACCUGCUCGACUGCUUUGGAUACAGAGGCGCGGUAUUAAUUAUGGGAGCGAUGACGUUAAACACGUUGGUCUGUGGACUUUUGUAUCACCCUGUUGAGGAGCACAUGGUCAGGGUACCGAUAGAAGGGGGAAUCGACAACGAAGGAUUGAGUAUAGACGAGCCGGCUGAUAAGGAAAAGUCAACGGUGUCUACAAUCGAGAACGAGACUUCCUGCUGCGAGGCAUCAAAAAAGGAAGAGACCUGCGAAGCCACAGCCAGUCACACUUCCCAAACAGAGGAGAACACCGUAGAGGAUAAAAAAGAAGAAAAACCAGAAGAGGAUACCUUAGAUGUUAAAAAGGAAGAAAAACCAGAAGAGAAUACCGUGGAAGAUAAAAAAGAAGAAAGACCUGAAGAGAAUCCCGAGUGUAAAGAAUCAAAAUUAAACAAAUGGGAAGACACAGUAAUCUACGACAGAUACACACGUCGUGGAAGUCUUGCCUCUAACAAAUCAAAAACCGAGAGCUUAUCUCUAACCAGGAACAAGAAACGUAGGAAAGAAUCAAACAAGUCCUUGUCGCUGACCUUACCAUUGAAAUCUACAGAAAAGAAGAAUAGCAAAAAGCUGUUGUUCUUCGACUUCAGCGUGCUCAAGGAUCCAAUUUACCUCGUGAUUCUGAUCUCGAACUCUACCUCAGCCAUCAGCAACACUAACUUCAUGAUCCUAUUACCGUCGUACGCGAUUACUCAAGGUUUCGACAAGAACUCCUCCGCGUUACUAUUGUCAGUUGUCUCUGCGUUAGACUUGGUCGGUCGCAUCAGCGGCGCCUCUCUGUCGGACAUCGACUUCGUGCCAAAAUAUUACUACUUCGUCGGUGGUCUAGGCACCAGUGGGAUCGCUCUGGCGCUUUUGCCGAUGGCCACGAGCUACGCUAUGCUCUCCUUCUUCUGUGCGCUUUUCGGCCUCUCAUCGGGGAUGUACAUAGGCAUCACGACUGUGAUCCUUGCCGACAUGCUCGGCACUGAGAAGCUCAGCUCCUCUUACGGGAUUUCCUUGUUUGUGAACGGGGUUCUCCAACUGAUCGGGCCACCGAUCUGCGGUGUCGUUUACGAAACAGUCGGAUCUUACAAGCCGAUCUUCUUGACUUUUGGUAUUAUCCUUAUAUUAGGUACCGCGCUUUGGGCGCUGGUGCCGUUUAUUAAGAGGAGCAAGAAGAAGGCUCUUGUGGUUGUAUAACAUUUUCUCAUCGUUUAGAAUUUAGAUUGAAUAUUGCACAAGUUUAGGAGUAUUACUAGUAGACUGCGGAUUUUAUGCAUUUAUAGGGAAUAUAAAAUGUUCAUUCAAUGUCCAAGGACGUUAGACUCAAAAUAUCAGAUGCAUAUUACUGUAUUUAAAAAAAAUUGUUAUUUACAUUUCAUUUUAUACACUGACGUUAAAAAUGCUUGUUUUGUAUAAAAAUCCGCAGUCUAAUUUAUUAGACAGCGUUGUAACUGCCAUAGACUGCAGGUUUUUAAAAGUAUAAAUAGGACGUGAUCGUUUUAUCCUAUUAUUAUAUAAAGGGAUGAUGUUUGUUUCUAUGUUUGCAAAAAUCUGAAGAACGACUGAAGUAUUUGCACCGAAAUUUAGACUGUCGCUUGCUUAUACAGGGUUUUAAAAAAAAACCAUUUAAUAUUUAUAUGGCAGGGGGGGGCCAACCUGAUGCUCUU